AUGUCCGGCCCGCCGCUCGGUCACCCCUGGCCCGUCAACGUAGGCAACAACCCCACCAUCGCGCGCGAAUUCCCUCCCGGCGUGGCUCCCCCCGGUGGCGCUCCCGGCCCCGUUCCCGUCCAGCAACAAGUCCACGUGCAGCACGGCGUCCCGGCGGCCCAAGUCGUCGUCGAGCAGCACCACAUUCCCGCCGUCGGCGUCGGCUUCGGCGUCGGCCACCCUAUGCCCUUUGGCCCCAUGUACGGCGGCGGCUUCGGCGUCCAGAGUGCGGGUCCCCUGGCUCCGCCUAGGAUGCCGUGGAACACUGCUGGGAUGUUCGGGAAUCCGAUCCCGGGGCUGGCGGCUAUGGGUGUCGGAUUACCGCCGCCGCCGCCUUUCUUCGCGGGAGGCGCCGUACCGCCGUUCGCGCCAGGAGGGCCGGUCUGGGCCGGCGGCGUUGCACCGGGCUUGGGCGUCGGGAUGAUGGGUGGUAUGGGUAUGGGAAUGGGAAUGGGAGGUUUCUUCCCCGGCAUGCACCGUCCCGCGCCUGGCAUGAUCGCCGAAGCCAUAGCCCCCGAGCAGCCGCCUCAAGGCGACAUCACGCAAAUCGGCGGCGGCGUGCCGCCGGGCGCGACGCACGUCGAGUCCAGUGAGCACACCAUCAUCCACCUGCUCAAGGGGCCUGUGUACCCCUGGGUGAACCACGGGAUGCCGAUGGAGGUCGAGAUCCUGCACAUGGCGUCCACGACGAGCAUCAACCGACUGAUCCAGAUCUGCAAUAACAACAGUCCGGAUAACGAGGGGUUCGCGAUCAGCGAGUGCCACGAGAUGGUGAACGGGAUGUGGGAGAAGGGGCAGACGUUUGUGUUUGACGAUGCGAUGAGUCGGGUGCUGACGAUUAAGGAUGCGGGGUGGGAUAAUCAGAGGAAUCGGACCGGUGGGCAGAGUUUGCAUAUCUUCUUGCAUAGGGUGUAG